AUGGGUGAUGACAAUGACUCAGCACUUGGCGAAUCAAUAGCAGGGUCGUUGUAUACAGCGUCCUUAACCUCGUCAGUGUUCAAUUACACCUACGAGAAUGGUCGUCGUUAUCAUGCCUAUCACGCCGGUAAUUAUGUCCUUCCCAAUGACGAACAAGAGCAAGACCGUCUGGAAUACACGCAUCAUUUAUAUCGAUUGCUCGUCGGCGGAGCCUCUUAUCGAGCACCUUUACUCGAUCAUAGACCACAAAGAAUACUUGACAUCGGAUGCGGCACAGGGAUAUGGUGCAUCGAUGUAGCAGAUGAAUUUCCGGAAAGCUCGGUCAUUGGCGUUGAUUUAAGUCCGAUUCAGCCUUCUUGGGUCCCACCUAACUGCAGGUUCUAUGUAGACGACAUCGAAAGAGAAUGGACCUAUUCUCCUGCCGAGCAUUUCGACUAUAUUCAUGCCAGAGACUUGAUAGGUUUCAUUGGUCCCUGGAAGCAACUGCUUUCCCACAUUUUCGACAAUCUCAAGCCUGGUGGCUUCUUCGAAAUCCAAGACUGCACCACUCCACCAGAGUCCAUUGAUAGUGGUCUCGACCUUGUCCCAGACCUGGUACAAUGGCAACUAAAAAUGUUUGAAGGAAUGGCAAUGCUAGGAAAGGAAAGCCCGGGAGAUGCCUAUGGGAUACAGAGCUAUAUGACUGAAGUGGGAUUUGUUGAUACUCAUGUAGAAAUUCACAAGGUUCCUAUAGGCCCUUGGGCCCAAGGAAAUAAGCAUAAAGAACUUGGACUUAUCUUACAGGAACAUGUCUCGGACUCUGUGGAACCAUACACCAUGGCCGUGUACACCAGAGCAUUAGGCUUCAGCGCCGAGGAUGCACAGGCCACUGUCGAAAGAGUCAAAAACAACAUCCAGAAGACCGAGGCGCAUCUAUAUCUGUCUUAUUAUUUCUUAUGGGGACAGAAGCCAUUUUGA